GUUUUUUGUUUUUUGGUUUUUUUGUAACUUUUCUAUCCAACAAUAUUGAGCAGCCUUUGGAAUCAACUUUGAAUAAACAUGGUAAGAUUUCACAGGGAUGCUACAGUGUGUUCACCUCUUUUUCCAGGGGCUGGACUUAAAAGAUCUCUCCUAGUUCUUAACUUUGUCUACCCUGUAUCACUGCAUGCAAUGAGCCUGUAGCUCACAACAUUUGUUAUGACCUAUACAGUGUUAGAUUUUAUACAUAGUCUCCAGUGACAAGUGACUUAUCUUUUGAAAACAACAAGGUUCAAAGGGAAGAGUUUUUCAUGAUUGUGCUGAAAUAAUGAGGAUAGGAGUAGUAUCUGUGAUAUCUGUUAACCAGGGUCUUUUUUGUAUUAUUAUUUUUGACCACUAUAUCUAUGAUCACUGAAAAUAUGCGGGGACCUUUGAUUUCAAGCCCAUUUAUAAGACAUUACGCUCUUCAGACCUUGUUCUGUACUGAUUAGAGGUGUUGGGGUAAGCAGAUUAUGCUUAUGACUUUAAAGGUCAGAUUUUAUAAUCCCUUUAAUUCUCCAUCCUUUUGGUCAGAACAUUUAGUAGAGUACAAUCUAUUACAGAAAAACAUUUAUCAUGAAACAUGCAAUUUUGUAAACAUACACAAUUGAAAACUGAACGUGAUGGUGAGUCACAAUCCGUUUAUCUUCCUGAUAAAAAUGAUAUGAAUUCCCUGUAUUUAGUCUGAGGCCAGUGGAAUCCUAUUAUUCCUCAUUUGCUAGGGCUGUACUUGUAUUUAAGUGAGUUUAAACAGGGGAGUGGCAAGGGGUGUUACAUAUCCUUAUAGGUGAUUAGGGUUUAUAGCCAAAUUAUCUCCUGAAUUACAUUAGCUGAAAUCAAUGUAUUCUACUGGAUGAACAGAGUGUUCUGUGAAACCUUGGCAGAUAAAGCAUUAAUAAGUGUCAGAGCUGACUUGGUCAAUCGAAUGAUUUGCUGACGCUUCUUUUUACCACAAGCCUGCACUUACAAGUCCAGUGCCAAAGGUUCAGUAUAUAUAGCUGAAGACAGCAAAUAGAUGGUCUCUUUUUGAGCAGGGUUCUGACAAGCUGCCUUUCUCAUUAUUCCUCACUGGCAGCACUUUCAGGCAGCAACUUCAAACAUGGUAAAGCUGAAGCUGCCCAAUCCUGGCCUGGAGGACAGGAUACCUUCCCAUGCUGAACUUGAGGUCCUUGAGAAAGAAGAGGCAGACUCCAGACCAAAAUGGGACAACAAGGCGCAGUAUAUGCUGACGUGUGUGGGGUUCUGUGUGGGCUUAGGAAAUGUCUGGAGGUUCCCGUAUCUCUGUCAGAGCCAUGGAGGAGGAGCCUUCAUGAUCCCUUUCCUGAUUUUGCUAGUCCUGGAGGGUAUCCCCCUGCUUCAUCUUGAGUUUGCCAUUGGUCAAAGGCUGAGGAAAGGCAGUGUGGGCGUAUGGAGCUCUAUCCACCCUACCCUGAAAGGAGUUGGCAUAGCAUCAAUGUUUGUAUCUUUUCUGGUGGGCUUAUAUUAUAAUACCAUUAUUGCCUGUGUGAUGUGGUAUUUCUUCAACUCCUUCCAAGAGCCCCUGCCUUGGAAUAACUGUCCUCUCAAUGACAACAGAACAGAUUAUGUAGAAGAGUGUGCCAAGAGCUCUCCUGUAGAUUACUUCUGGUACAGAGAAACACUGAACAUCUCCACCUCCAUUGAGGAUUCCGGCAGUAUCCAGUGGUGGCUUUUGCUGUGUUUAACAUGUGCAUGGGGUGUGCUGUACGUGUGCACAAUCAGAGGCAUUGAAACAACAGGAAAGGCUGUGUAUGUGACAUCGACUCUCCCAUACGUGGUGCUUACCAUUUUCCUGAUCCGUGGAUUGACGCUGAAAGGAUCAACCAAUGGAAUUGUGUAUCUCUUCACCCCGAAUGUUACCGAGCUGGCGAACCCAGUGACGUGGCUGGAUGCAGGAGCUCAGGUGUUUUACUCCUUCUCCCUGGCCUUUGGAGGCCUCAUUUCAUUCUCCAGUUACAACUCUGUUCACAACAACUGUGAGAAAGAUGCUGUGAUCGUUUCAGUGAUCAACGGUUUCACAUCCAUCUACGCCGCCACCGUCAUAUACUCCAUCAUCGGGUUCAGAGCCACAGCAAGAUAUGAUGACUGUUUUGACAAAAAUAUUCUUACUCUGAUGAAUGCAUUUGAUUUGCCAGAAGGUAAUGUAACCCAAGAUAACUUUGAACAAAUGCAGCAGCUGUGCAACAUGACUGAUCCAGCAACUUUUGCAAGCCUCAAGUUUGAAACCUGUGAUCUGGAAACUUUCUUGAAUGAUGGAGCUGAAGGAACUGGCCUGGCCUUUAUUGUCUUCACUGAAGCUAUCACCAAAAUGCCUGUCUCACCUUUGUGGUCCAUUCUCUUCUUUAUCAUGCUCUUCUGCUUGGGUUUGUCAUCUAUGUUUGGGAAUAUGGAAGGUGUGCUUGUACCUUUACAAGAUCUCAAGAUUAUACCCCCCAGAGUGCCUAAGGAACUUAUUACUGGUCUCGUUUGUUUGGUGUGUUAUUUGAUAGCUUUCAUUUUUGUGCUGAAUUCUGGUAAUUACUGGCUGACUCUGUUUGAUGGUUUUGCUGGCUCCAUUCCCCUGCUGAUAAUUGCAUUUUGUGAGAUGUUUUCAGUCGUCUACAUUUAUGGAAUAGACAGGUUUAACAAGGAUAUUGAGUUCAUGAUUGGACACAAGCCCAACAUUUUUUGGCAGGUUACCUGGAGACUCAUCAGUCCUCUCAUUAUGUUAGUUAUCUUCUUCUUUUAUUUUGUGGUAAAAGUCAACCAAGAACUGCUCUACAGUGUUUGGGACCCUAGCUAUGAGGAGUUCCCCAAAACAGAGAAGGUUGAAUAUCCCCCCUGGGUGUACGCUGUCAUUGUAAUCCUCGCUGGAGUGCCCAGUUUGGCCAUCCCAACCUUUGCCAUCUACAAAGCCAUCAGGAACCACUGUCAGAAAAAAAAUGAUCGUGCUGGCCUUAUCGCUACAUCUGAGACUUCCAUUAAUGGAAACUUAAAGUAUUCAUCAUAAAACCAUUUUUUUUCAAAUAUGGAAGGAUGCUCUGUCAGUGAGGAAAGUAAAAAAAAAAAAAAUUUUUUCAAGAAUCUGGAUUUAAUUUUAUUUUCAUGACAAGAUAACAGUGUGUUGUUUCCAGGUAAACAUUUGCUUAACAAUGCUAUGCACUGUGAAGAGUUGAUGGCCUGGCUCCUGGAAGCAAAACAGUGACAUUGGCAAGUGAUUGGGGCACCCAGCCAAAUCAUUUGUCCUUUUCUGGUUCUGAAGCCAGCUUGCUGUAAGCUGGCUUCCAUCCCCUCCACCUGGGGAUGCUCUGUGCAUGAAAUGCCAUAAGUGACUCUUACAUGUGUAAUCAUUCUGGUUGGGUGGCCAACAUGAAGAGUAACUUAAUGCUGUCCUUUCUUGCACAUUAAAUUGUUUUUACUUUACAUGCCACUGUGUUGCA